CGCGGCGCCUCCAAUGCGCGGCAGCAUGACAACUCCACAGUAGUUGCAACGAUGCGAUGCGUGUGGGCAGCGCUCGUGGCCGCAGCGUGCGCGGCGGCCCAGAACGAAGCCGUCGCGGCGCUGGUGGCCAAGUACAAAAAAAGCGCCGGGGGCAGCCCCGCGGCGCCCACGCCCGCGAGGCAGCCCGAAGCCGCGCCGCGCGACGUCGCGGCGGCGCCUGCGAGGCAGCCCGUCGCGGGGCGAGCGGCGACUAACGACGCUGCGAACCUAAACGACGUAGUCGGGCUCUUCGCGUGGCCGAAAAAACCGCGCACCGUUUGGGCCGCCGCGAAGGCCGCGAUCACGGGGCAGCCCGACGCACCGCGCACCUUCCACGCCCGCCGGCCGAGCGCGCCCGCGCCUUCUACAAAUAUAAACGACGACGUCGACGCCUACUUCAAAAAAUGGCGCCGCGUCGUGCCGCACUGCGCGCCGCUCAUGCAGGGCAGCUGCGUCUACGUCGCGCCGAACGGCGGUAUCGUGCACGCGCGCGACAUGAGCCUGGCCAAGAACGCCGGGAGCUCCAAACAGAUGCUCGCCGACUUACAGUUAAGAGCGGUCUCGGCCUCGCUCCAAAGUGUACUACCAGAGGACCGCUGGGUCAGCUGGAACAUGGUCUACACCGCGGCGGGCCCGACGAAGCCGCGGCCCUGGCCGACCUUCGCCAUCGGCAAGCGCGAGCCGCACCGGCCCGGGUUACUCAUGCCGAACCCCUUCUUCGGCGCGCCGUCGUGGUGGGCGCGCCACAAUUUACUGCAAAUUGCGGCGUCCCAGAAGCGGAGCUGGGCCACGCGACUGAAAAAGGUGCUCUAUAGAGGCGCGUGCGGCCCGGGCGCGCGCGCGCGGCUCGAGCUCAUGAACCUCGCCGAGUCGAGCAAUUUAUUAGAUGUGGGCUUCACGGGCGUCGACGGCUUUCCCUCCAUCCAGUCUUGUGUGGAUGCGCUCGCCAAGAAGCACGAGAUACGGGCGGCGCCGUCCGCUUCUCGGCGGGCGCCGCACGUCGCGCAGACGAACUACUCGCAGUAUAGGUAUUUGCUGCACCUGCCGGGAGCGGCCACCGGAUCUUACAGUAGGAACCUCCAGUACCUCUGGACGCAGGGCUCUAUCGUCUUAGUGUGGAACCAGACCGCUACCGAAUUUUACUACCGCCACCUGCAAAACGACGUGCACUACGUCGUCGUCGACGCGGCCACGAUCGUUCAAACGGUGGAGGCCAUCGAGGCGGACCCGGCGCGCCAGGAGCGGUUAAGGCGGGGCGCGCGCGCGUUCUACGACGCGCAUUUGGCGGCGCCGCGCUUGAUCGAUCGGUGGCGCGCCGUGCUCGAGGCGCUCGCGCUGCGGCAGGACGUGGAGCCCUGUGUGGAAAUCAACCAGUGAGUUAGGAUUUGAGCCUCCACGCCAUCGAGCUGCCACAGUUACGGGGACGACGGCGCGUCGAUGGCGUGUGCCUCCACGCCAUCGGGCAGGUGCUGUUCCGGGGACGACGUCGCGUCGAUGGCGUGGGACGCCCGAAAUUUGAUUUCCACACAGGUCGAGCCGCCGAAGAUCGACAACUCGUCCGCGUGCACCUGCGACCACCGGCUAGCUACCCGGUACCGUGCCUGCUCGACGUGCCUGCACCUCGAGGACACGGAGAUGGCCUACUUCAUGGGCAUUCUCAAAAAGCCGAAGCGGCCACGGGCGCCGGACCCGGACGACGUCGUGGGCCUCGCGCGCGACAUCCUCGCCGCGAAGACCCUUGAGGCCGCGAGGGCUGUGGCGCGGGCGUUCGUCGGGCAGAAUUAAUUUACUUUCUAGUGACAACACAAAACAAACGUCGGCCGGGUGGCUAGGCAGCCUAGCUCUGAGCGAAGCAACA